AGCCGCGCCGGCGCCGCCAGUCCCAUUGCUCACCUCCGUUCCCGCUGCGCAGACUCCACCUCAUCCCUCCUACGUCUCCGCGUUAGCGCCCUCCAGAAGAAAGCAUCCUCUCUCUCUCUCUCUCUCUCUCUCUCUCUCUCUCUCUCUCUCUCGCUGUGCCAGAGAGAGAACUAAUCCAGUACGCGGCGCCGCCUAUGCACGCACGUACUCUCAGCCGCCGCCGCUCAGCCGUCGCGCCGCCCCUGCCCCCUCUCCGGCACUGCGCCACCGCGGCCGCCUGCUGAUCGAGCAAUCGACGCAUUCCCCACCGUAUCGUCACUAAGCUGCUAUCGACGUUAGAGCAUGGAGGAGGAUAGCAACGCGCUGAUUCUUCCCUGCAAGAGGAAGAACAAAACACAAGGGAUAGGCAAGGAUGGCAAGAAAAGCAAGAGCAAGGAAGACCCUAAGAUGAGCAAGACCCAGCUAAAAAAAAUGCAGAAAUUGGAGGAGGAAAAGCAAAAGAAGGCACUGCAAGCAAAAAGCAUCGAAUUUUUACAGAAGCACAUGAUUGCUGAUAAUGUAUUUUCACUGCUGGAUACUACGUGCUCUGUUGGACAAGCUGCGACUAUGAAAGAAAAAUUUAGGCGUGCUGUGCAGUUCUCCAAGCAUGGUUUAGACGUUCCUGAAGAACUUUUGCUAUUCAAGAAACACUGUGAUCGGAAAGGAGUUCCUGGAGACAGUGAAGCUGUGCCAGAAGUUUCCCCAGUGAAGUUUAUUAAGGCAGCAAAACUUGAUCAUCCUGGCAGUGAACGAAAGAAUCAUGAGAAAGAUUCGAUGGAACCUAUGAUGGAUCUUGGCGUGAGCAUUCUGGAACAAAAAACUGAAGGGACUAAUGACGAUGCUGGCAUUUCGGUACGCCAGAUCAUUCUGGGACAAAAAACCGAGGAGACUAAUGAUGAUGCUGACAUUUUGGCACAUCAGCCGAUUCAGUCACCCGUGCAAAAUUGCUCUGCCGCAGAGAUAGAUUUGCAGGAUAAAGAGCUACAACAAAGUGAAGCUGCUUUACAAGAAUGCUUCAAUCCUCCAAUUGUGGUGCCUGUGUCAAGACCACAGGAGGUUGAGAAGGCGAGGAGGGAUCUCCCAAUAAUAAUGAUGGAGCAGGAAAUAAUGGAAGCUAUCUAUGAAAAUUCUGUGGUAAUUCUAUGUGGAGAAACAGGCUGUGGUAAAACUACUCAGGUCCCUCAGUUCUUAUAUGAAGCCGGCUUUGGCACAAGCAAUCGAGCUGGUAGAAAAGGGAUGAUUGGGAUCACCCAACCACGGCGUGUUGCUGUUCUUGCCACAUCCAAGAGGGUGGCUUAUGAGUUAGGACUUAAGCUAGGAAAGGAGGUCGGUUUUCAAGUUAGGCAUGAUAAAGAAGUUGGAAGUAAAUGCUCCAUCAAGUUUAUGACAGAUGGCAUUUUGCUGCGAGAGAUCCAGAGUGACAUUCUGUUGAAGCACUAUUCCGUGAUCAUCUUGGAUGAGGCACAUGAAAGGAGUUUGAACACAGAUAUACUUAUUGGGAUGCUUUGUAGAAUUAUAAAGCUUCGCAAGGAUAUAUAUGCAGAUCAACAGAAAAAAAUACGCUCUGGAAAGAACAUUAAGCCAGAAGAUAUGAUUAGUCAGCUGAAAGUGGUGCUGAUGAGUGCUACCUUGCAGUUAAAGGAAUUUAUUUCAAACAGAAGAUUGUUUGAUGUGAUUCCACCAACUGUAGAGAUACCUGCACGGCAAUUUCCAGUAACGAUUCACUUCACGAAGAGGACACAUGAUGAUUAUUUAGCACAGGCUUAUAAAAAGGUUCUGUCAAUCCACAAGAGUCUACCACCAGGUGGAAUCCUUGUAUUUGUUACUGGACAACGAGAAGUUGAUUAUUUAUGUAAGAAACUGCAAAGAGCAUCCAAAGGGCAAAUUGGUAAGAAGCCUGAAAGGGUUGGAGAUGAGUGUGGUUCAAGACCAGAAAUAGAUGAGAAGGAAAUUUUUGAAGCAUAUGAUAUUGAUAGAACUGAAGCUGAGCACCAAGAGGACAUGUUUUCCUCAUAUGUUGAAGAUGAAAUGGAUGAUGGACUAAAUGUCGAUUCUUCUGAUGCUGAAACAGAGAGUGAGACUGAUACUGACAGCGAUGAGGAUUCCGCUGCACAUGAGACCACAGAAGAUGGACCAGUAUCAUCAUUUUUGAAACAUGCUGAGAGUUCAUCUGUACUGAAGGCAUCCUUUAAAGCUAUAUCAGGGAUUUCAGGAGAAUCGGAAGCUGCUGAGGAAUCGAGCAAUGUGACAAUUGCGGAAAAGUCAAACCCUUCUAAUCCUUCUUUCAGUAAACGUACAGAACCUACAUCUGUUUCACACGGUAGGCUUCGUGUUUUACCACUUUAUGCAAUGCAACCAGCUUCGCAGCAGCUUAGAGUGUUUCGCGAUAUUCCUGAAGAGGAAAGAUUAGUUGUUGUGGCAACUAAUGUUGCAGAAACCUCUUUAACAAUUCCUGGUAUAACAUAUGUGGUCGAUACUGGAAAAGAAAAGGUUAAGAACUAUGAUCAUGCUACGGGGAUGGCAAGUUAUGAAGUCCAGUGGAUAAGCAAGGUGUCAGCAUCCCAACGUGCUGGGAGAGCUGGAAGAACUGGGCCUGGGCACUGUUACCGUCUCUACUCAGGUGCAGCAUAUGGUAAAGAUGAUUUAUUUCCUGAGUUCUCUGAGCCAGAGAUCAAGAAAAUGCCAGUUGAUGGCCUUGUGCUUAUGCUCAAGUUUAUGAAAAUUGAUAAGGUUGAAAACUUUCCUUUCCCUACGCCUCCUAACGAUGAAAGUUUGGUUGAAGCUAAGCGUUGCUUGAAGACAUUAGAAGCACUUGACAGCAAAGAAAAACUUACAUCAAUGGGAAAGGCUAUGGCGCAAUACCCCAUGAGCCCACGACAUUCGCGUCUUCUUCUGACAAUAAUUAAAAUUUUGAAGAGCCAGCAAGGCUAUGCUAGAUCUAACUUCAUACUGGGAUAUGCAACUGCUGCUGCAUCAGCUUUGAGUUAUGCAAAUCCUUUUCUCAUUCAGGGAGACACUAGUAGAGAAUCAAACCAGGAUGGCCCUGAUCCAGAACAUAAGGAUCAAGAUGAAAGAAGGAGACAGAAGAAGCUCAAGGCCAUGGUUCGAGAGGCACGCAAAGAUUUUUCCAUCCCUAGUAGUGAUGCUCUAACCAUUUCUCAUGCUUUGCGGUCAUUUGAGUGUUCAAGGAACCCAGUGGAAUUCUGCAGAGAGUACUCACUUCACCUCAAAACAAUGGAAGAGAUGUCAAAAUUGAGAAAGCAGCUUCUUCGAUUAAUAUUUCACCAUAGCAAAUUCUGUGAUGAAUUUUCUUGGAAUUAUGGAGGUUCUGAGGAUGUUGAACAGGCCUGGAGGAGUGAAACCGACAAAAAACCAAUGCUGAAUGAAGAGGAACUUCUUGGGCAAGGUAUAUGUGCUGGGUGGGCCGAUAGGGUUGCAAAGAAGAUUAACACUUUUUCUGGAUUGUCGAAAGAGGAUCGAAAGGUUCGAGCUGGACGUUAUCAAUCUUGCAUCCUCGAUGAUACAAUAUAUCUCCACCGAUCAUCUUCUGUUGCCCAAACUCCACCAGAAUUUGUAGUUUACUCGGAACUACUAAAUACAAAGAGAUUGUACAUGCAUGGUGUGACCAGUGUAAAGCCUGGAUGGCUUUUCAAAUAUGCUAGUUCUCUCUGCACCUUCUCAGCGCCACUGGAAGAUCCAAAACCCUAUUACGAGCCUCAGAAUGACCAGGUCUACUGUUAUGUUAGUCCCAUCUUUUCUAGACAUAAUUGGCAGCUUCCGCUGCACAGUUUACCCAUCGAAGACCCCACCAGGCGGUUGCAGGUAUUUGCAUGGGCUUUGCUGAAAGGGGAUGUCUUGCCAUGUCUAAGGGUGGUUCAAAAGUUCUUGGCUCUGUCACCAUCUGCUGUCCUUGAGCCUGCCAGCCAAAGAAGAGUUGGAGAUCUUCUUAGCAGGAUGAAGAUGGGUGGAAAAUUAAAAGACAGCCGGAGAGCAUUAAGAGAUGCAUGGAGAGGUGAUCCAGAUUUUCUUUAUCCUGAGAUUCAGGCAUGGAUACAGGAUAAAUAUCAGAGCCAGUUUGAAGCAAUAUGGGAACAAAUGCACCAAGAAGUUUGGCUUGAGGGACAUGAACUUUUCCCAAAGAGGUUCAAGAAAGUUGAGGGGUAGUCGGUUCCAACAGAAGACAGCUAGAAGCUUAUUUGUCAUGGAACACAUCUUUCAUGAGGUAACAACCUCCGCAAAUCACUCGUCUAACGUUGCCCUCUACUUCCAUGAAAUAGGUGUGAAAUAACAAUGUAAUGUUCUUGAUACUAAACAGUAGUUGAGAUAGCUUAUCAUGAAUAAAAAGUAUAACAAUUAGUAGUGUUAUGACCGGGCAGACUUAUGCCCGUAGGAGGCCCGCCAGGCAGGCUUAGUUAGGGGCUUAGCCCACAAGUUAUCUUAGUUUUAUUUCACAUUGUGGUUAUAUAAACAAGUUGUAAGACUCUUUUGAGAAUUAAGCAAUAAGACAAUUCUAUUGCCCGGCUCCCAGAGGAGCCGGAACCCUAAACCCUAGCCGCCGCCUACAUCCGCCGCCGCCGCCUCAUCCGCAAGGACGGCGCCCUGCCGCCGGCCGCCGCGCAAUCUCCCUCGCCCUCCUCCGUCCUUCCCCUACAGGCUGCGCCCUAGACCGGGUAGAACCCUAGCUCCUACCAAGUAGGAUGAUAUGCCAUUGAACCAGUAAAACUAGGGCUGUAGCUAGUGCAGAUUAUAGUCUUUGAUGUAAACUGAAUUUGUUCGUUUCAUCGCCACCAUGCUGAUAUAGUUGUUUCUGCCCCAGCCAUUGUUCUUUUUCUUUAAUCAUCAUACAUAUUUCACAUCGAAAGGUCAAACCAAAGGUCCCCCUCCCCCUCCCUCCGCGUUGCCCUCGCGCGGCGACCAGAGGACCAACCCUAAUCCUUGCCGGUCUCAGCCCCCACCCUCCUCCCUCGCCGCCGCAUGAGGGGGCGGCCUUCUUGGUCCUUCUGUUCGAACGCUCUGGCGCUGGCCGUCGCCCCGGGCCGGUCUGUGGCGCUGGAGCCAGGUGUCAUGGUGGCGUGGCGGGCAGUUGCGGAGCACCGACGCUUCUGCUCCCCCCGUGGCAGGCAGCCACGUGGUGGGCACGCCUUGGUCGCCAGGGACGGCGGCGUCGAGGCCAGAUCUGGGGCCAGGGUGUCAGGCGGCGCGGGCUGCAGGUUUCUGCCCCUGCCAUGGCCGCGGCAAGUGGUGGUGCGACGCAGCAGCGGCUGGCCGGUGGGCGGGCUGGCUAGGAUCCAGGGGCUACGACGGCAGGCAGCGCAGAUGGGCUCCUCGGUGAGCUUCCUUGGCGGUUGGCGGUGGCCCUUGGGAUUUCUCCUUGCCGGUGGACGGGUGUGUGUUGGUGGCCUC